AUGUUCGCUAAGGCUAUUGUCGCUCUGUGCGCUAUAAGCGCGGCUCGCGCUAGCGGUAUCUUGGGCGUUGCCCCAGCGGCGUACAGCAGCCACGCCAUUGCUGCCCCCGCUCUUGUGACCAGGACCAUCACACCCGCCGUUUCCUCUGUGUCCUCCUACUCCACCCAAACCGCCCACGCCGGUCCCAUCGCCACCUAUGCGGCCGCCCCAGCGAUCGCGUCUUACGCUGCUCCCGCCAUCGCAGCUCCAGUCGUCGCUGCCGCCCCCGCCAUCACCACAAGCUAUGCCGCAGCGCCCGCCGUCGUUAGCAGGACCAUCACUCCCGCUGUCUCCUCCGUGUCGUCGUACUCCACUCACACCUCGCACGGAUCUCCCAUUGCGACAUACGCCGCCGCUCCCGCCGUAGCCACCUACGCCGCUGCCCCCGCAGUAGCUUCCUACGCCACCCGUACCAUCGCCGCACCCGCCGUAGCAGCAUACGCUGCACGUUCCUACGCCGCACCCGCGUUGGCCGCGUAUGCAACCCGCUCCUACGCCGCACCCGCUGUGGCAGCCUACGCCGCCCCAGCCGUCGCGGCCUACGCCACCCGCACCAUCGCGGCUCCCGCCACCACUUCCUACUCUUCCUACUCUACCCAGACCGCUCACGGCACGCCCGUGGUCGCUAGGGCUUACGCCGCCCCUGCCGUCGCUGCCUACGCCGCUCCCGCCUACUCUACCUACGCCGCUGCCCCCGCGUACUCUACCUAUGCCGCGGCUGCCCCUAUCCUCCGUUCAUCUGUCGCAUACUCUGCCGCUCCUGCCGUCUCUCACAUCUCCUACAGCGGUCACGGCGCUAACUAUGGUUGG